AUGCAUUACAUUCGAUUCACUGAGAACGAUAUUGACGACGUGAUGAAGUUCCUCCUAAAUGACUCCUACGCCUUGCAAUCGGUGGAGAAACACCUUCAGCUUGGCAGAGACGAUGCAUUGACUUUUCUAAAAGGAUUAUUCCCUGAAGCGAUAGACAGUGGAGUGUCGUAUUUGGCAAAGACCGAUGCCCACGAAGUUGUUGCCCUUAGGCUCAGCACGUUCCGUACAAGAGAGGAGGCUGCUGGGGAAGCUCAGGGGUUGCCUUACGAAGAAGUUUCCUCAACGAUCACUCGGACGCUGGCUUUGUUGCGCACUUUGCAUCAACAGUUUUGGGCUGCUAUCGAUCCUGAAAUCAACAAAGUCUACUUCCUGAUGGCGAUUCUGGUAGCGGACAAGUAUCGAGGAACGGAUCUCGUUGACAAUCUGAUUCAUCACAACAUGGAUGAAGUGCGAACUAUGGGAGUCCAAGGACUAGCGGCUGAUGCAGCCAUCUUCCAUUCGGCCAGGCUAGUUGAGAAUUUCGGCUAUCGCAUAAUGGCUGAAGUGGACCGUGCAACGUUUUUCGGUGCGGCUACAGGGGAGAGAGAGCUAGCUUGUAUGGUGGAGGGGAGUUCGUGUCUGGGGGUCGAUAUUGGGAGACAGGGAUAG